AGAAAUUGAAUAUUGGUAUAAAAAGUAAGUUAUUAAUUUAAGUGACAUUCAUGCCAACAAUAUUGGCUUCAGGAGAUGUGAGACUAUAAAAUACAAACUACUAUUAUUAAGUAUUUGACAAAUACGGACCAAGUUUGAAAUUAUGCUUUCAAUUUGCAAAUAAGAACUUUACUUUAGGGACAAUUUGUAUGAUAGGAAUAUAAAUGGUAAAAUUCCUAAAUUAUUCAUAGUUAAAUAUUUUGGAGAAGAUGCAUAAUUAAUUUAUUGUGCAUCGUAAUUUAAAACCUAAGAAAAUAUUAACAUUACCAGCCAAAAAUGAAUUUGUCUUGAUCGACUUUCAACAUUGUGUUAAAUUCAAGCAUAAGAAUGGCAAAUAUAUAGGUCAAGGAUCAAAAUUUUCUAGUUAAACAUAGUUAACGAAAUUUUCAAGUUUGAAUCAACAUUUAGGAUUGAGUAUUUAGAAGUGUUGAUUAUGAUUUAAGCUGCUUCUCCAAAAGAUGACUUAGAAUCUUUAGGAUUUAUUCUAAUGUACUUUUUAAAGAGAGGAGACAUGUUUAGAGUAAAAGAGGGGGGAUCUAAAAGUAAACAAAUGGAAGAAUAAAAGUUGCGAAUGAUUCCAGAAAAGUUUUGUAAGGAUAUGCCAAUAGAAUUUCUUUAAUAUUUUCAAUUUAUAAGAUCAACAAAUGCUUAGUAAUAUCCUUUAAGUGAUUAUGACUUUUUAAAAAAGUUAUUUAGAAAUAUACUUUAAUAACUGAAUUUGAAUGAGAAAGAAUUCUAAUAUGAUUGGGUAUAGUAAUAAUAAAAUAAUGAUUUAGUUAAAAAAAAUGAAUAUAUAAUGUUAAAAUAAUUCAUAACCAAAGGAAGAUGGAUAAACAAAGAUAGUUGUUCAUGAACCAUAGAAAUUAGAAGGAAUUUAAGAGGAAGUAUAAACAGAAUUAGAAAGAAGUUCUUUCAAAAGAGAUUGUAAUCAUAAAUAAUCAACAUUGUGUAUAAAUGAUGAAGAGGAUACACAAUUUGAAAGUGUUAGUAAUAAAAUGUUAUGCCUUCCAAAUAUGUACGAUUUGAUAAAACUAAAAAAUUGA